UGGCGUAACGUUGUGCCGUACUGCUUCUGUCUGACAAUUAAUGACCUGAAAAGAAUUGCAAUGGUAUCUGACUGCCACUGUUACCGUUUGUGUUGUGUAUAUAUAUAAAAAAAACAACUUUAGUAAGGGGGAAGUGUAAAUAAAUUAUAGGAUGAAGAUGUGUUAUCGAUGAAAAAAUUAAAAGUGUUCGUUGGCUGUCACUGAGUAGCAUUUGCGAUCGCUACUCAAAGCUAACUAAAUUACCCAAAGAACGGUAAGAGACGUAGGACAACCAGAGGAUAUAUAAGAAAGACAGGGCUGAUGGUAAAGGAUUGAAACAGGAGAAUGUCAUUGUCAGUCGCGUCGAUAAAAAAGCUAAAGCUAUGCUUAGGUCGGCUCGUUUUUUUUUGUCUUUUUCAGCCUUCGACACUAAAGCCAUCUCUUUAACUGAACAAUUUUAUGUUCUUCCACAUCUUUGCCAGUGAAUUUGGCACCAGGCACGUCAUUUUUGGAGAGAAUUGGUAGGUUUAGCUCUGUAAACAUCUCCUUCGUACACGAUUUCCAUUCAUUUCCUAUUAAGGACAAACGGUGGCUUGGCUUGUCCCUACUUAGCAACAGUAGCUAAUGUCAUGAAUAUUAAUGAGCGGAAGUGACGUGUUACUUGCGGUACGCCAUUGACGCAAUAACGCGACUUUUAAUUUGGUGAGUAGUUUCGUUAUAACCGGAUGUGGCGUUAUUGGCGUCAGCCGAGUAGAUUGUUGUGUGUACGGCAAAUUUAAUAUUUUGCUAAUGUUCUUUGCUCCAGUCUAACGAUAAGUAAGAGAAAGCUGUGUCCUGAAAUAAAUGAGGACUUUUUGGCAUGCAACAACAAGAACUAGCUUCUUCUAGUUGGGGGGAAAAAUGGACCCCUCCAACCUGCCAUUGGUACCCGGGCCCUCGAUGCCUGUUUUGGAUGGUGCUGGGAUGGAACUUCAGCACAUGCUGGCUGAUCUUCAAAGGAAGUGCGAAACCUAUAAAUCCAAUUACAACGUUCUCAAGAUUGAACAUUCCAGUUUGCAGGAUGAGAUUCUACAUAUCCAGGGUGAGGUGAAGCGUCUUCAAAACCAGCAUGACAAGCUACAAUCGCAAUUGGCUGAGAGGUCAAGAGAACUUCUAGACAAAAAAAGGGAGUCAGAGGAGCUGCGUUUACAAGUGAUGACUCCGAAGCGUCUGGAUUUGCUGCGGUCUCAGGUACAGCAGGAGAUGGAGGCUCCGGUCAGGGAGCGUUUCCAAAGAUUGGAAGAGGAAGCGGAAAAGUACAGGUCCGAGUUCAACAAGCUACGCCAUGCCUUCACUCUCCUCAAUUCCCAGUUUGAACACCAAAAGGAGGAACACGCCAGCGAAAUAGAAGGACAAAAGAUGCGCUAUGAAGUGGAAAUUUCUCAUCUGAAGAAAGAAAAGGAUAACCGAGUGGCCCAGUACCAGAGUGUGGACCUACAGCACGAGAGAAAACAAGUGGAGAUUCUGCUUAAAGAGAAAGCUCAACUUACCAUGUGGCUGAAGAGUCUGCAGGCAGAAGUGGAUGAGCUCCAGGCCAAGAAGGACAACUCGGACCAGCAGGUGGAGAGCAUUCAAUUCUCUCACAGCACGCAGCUCUCAGAAACCAAAGCUAUGGUGAAGUCCCUUGAGUCCGAGCGCCAAUGUCUGGCUUUACGACUUGAGCGCAUGGAGGGAGAACUUCAUCUCAGCCAGGAGCAGAACAACCAGCUGACUGGACAGCUUCACAAAAGCAAAAGAGAAGUCAGCUCACUCACCUCUCAGCUGGAGAGCCUGAAGAUGUCACAUAAGACCGAAGUGGACAAUGUCAAACUGGAGUUAACCCGCUCCAGGGGCGAGGUGGAGAGGGAGUGUGAGUCACUUAGAGGGCAGAAGGAAGGCCUGCAAAUGGAGGUGGCUGUUCUAAAGGAAAUGCUCGACAAACACAAUGAGGUUCUCGUGGAGAAAGAGAUGGCGAUGGUCCGGAAAGUCAAGGCCGUCUCUGACGAAGAAAUGUACAAGACAACUAUGUUGCUUGAAGAAAAGCUAGAUUUGGAGCAACGUCUGAUGGAGCUAGAACAACAGAAGACCGUGCAUGAUAUGAACGCGCAAGCACAGAAAGACGAUUGGCAGGAACAAGUCCGGCUCGCCCAGAAAGGAGAGGAGUCUUUGCGGAAAGAGCUUCAAGCCCUGAGAAUCAAAUUAAAGCAGCAAAACGCUCAGAUGGAGGAACUGCAGAGACAGAAUGCCGAGGCGAUGGCAUUAAAACAGAAAAACGAGGAACUGUGUGUCCACCUGGGGACCGUGUCACGUUCCGAAGCCGAGCUGUUAGAAGCCAACGAGCGUCUGCGGGAAAAACUCCAAAUCAUGAGAGAGGAGAACAUCCGUUGCGGGGCGGAGAGGCUUUUGGAGGACAGCAAGGAGCGAGAGUCCAAAUUAGAAGAUAAAUACGCGCAGCUCAAAGACAAACUACACAAGGCGUCGACGGCGGAAAAAAAGGUGAAACUCAUGAGAGUCAAUGUCCAAGUGCUCUAUUUCAUUGCGUCACGUUGUGUUAGCGGCGAUUCAAGGAGAUGAAAAAAGAGCACAGCUUGAAUACUACAAUCCAAAUGCUGAGGAAACAAAUGGAGGAGCUGAAAGAGGACGGUGCAUCGGCCAACAAAAGGUUAAUGGACUUUCAGCAGCGGCACAACGAGUUCCGACGAAUCUUGCUGUGCAACCAUUCUUCCGGCUUUGGGAUCAACCAAAUGACAUCCACGUGCCGUCCCCCUCACUUUCUCGGGCAUGAGAUGAUGCUGUCUAAC